GAGAGAAGGUGCGUGUCCGCUGUGUCCGCUCGGGCUGCCCCGUCAGGAAUGCGCCGCAUGGCUCUGGCGCCUGUGUUACCGGAGAGGGAGACGCGCUAGAGACGGAGCUGCGAGUGUACCGCGCCUGGGUUCGCUGCUGGGGUCGUGUGGGCUGUUUGCACGCGUCUGUCUGCGGCUAGUUGCUUCGUAUUAUCAUAAUCAUCACAACCACUAGCUACUACCACUACAACUAGCGUUAGCUAACACCACCAUCAUUCUGCUUCUUCUCGAUAUACUGAACAGACCGCUUAGCUUAGCCUGCGAGCAAGCUAACUAGCUAAGCUAGGUUAGCUAGCAGCUUACCGUAUAGUCUCCAUAGGCUUUAGCUAGUUAACUUGCUAGUUAGCUAACUAGCCAGAACACACAGAGCGCGCUAGCUUGGCUAGCUUAGCGAUUCCAACCAGCUGGAGAAGUUAGCUGAGCUAGCUAAAGCGGUGGACGCCCCUUACGUAGUUAGCUAGCUAAUUAGCUUAGCUUAGCUGGGUACCGUGAUCGCUAGCUAAAGAAGGGGGUGGGUGAUACACAUACACACACACGUGGGGGCCCGGCCGGGGAGAGGAAGACGGAGGCGACGCAGCGGGAGUGAGCGCCAGGGAGCGGCCGAUGAGUUCAGAGCAGGGCGGAGAGCCGCUGCAGGAGGAGGCUGAGCAGCCGGGACCGAGAACCCGCGGGGAGGACGGGACCGGGCCCGGCACUGGGGCUGGGACCGGUGCCGCACCCGGGACCGGCGGAGAUUCGGGAGAUUCAGGUGAAAUGGUGACCUCAAAAGGAGCCGGGCUGAACCCUAAUGCCAAAGUGUGGCAGGAGAUUCCAGCUGCACCAACUGAGGCUCCUGUGGAUGGCACUGAGGCCUCCCCCUGGUCACAGCCCAGUAUGACUGAAGAGCCCAAUGGAUGUAAACCAUACACGUCUGGGUUCUCUGCGCUCAUGGACAACGGCAGCUCUGCCACUGCGGAGGGUGUGGUCAAUGGCUUGGAUCCCCCUCAUCCAAACUUCUCUGUUUGUGAGCCCAACAGUGGAACUAAUGUGGAGUCUAAACUCUCUGAGGAGCAGCCGCUGUCAGCAGAGAGUCUCCGCGAGUCCCUCAAGAAAGAGCUGGAAUUCUGCUUCUCCAGGGAAAAUCUAUCAAAGGACCUCUACCUAAUAUCUCAAAUGGACAGUGACCAGUUUGUUCCAAUUUGGACUAUUGCCAGCAUGGAAGGAAUUAAAGUUCUUACUACUGACAUGGACCUGAUCCUGGACGUAUUGAGAUCAUCUCCUAUGGUUCAAGUGGAUGAGAAAGGAGAGAAAGUGCGGCCGAAUCACAAACGCUGUAUCAUCAUCUUGCGAGAGGUUCCAGAAACUACCCCUGUGGAGGAGGUGGAAGCCUUGUUCAAGAAUGAAAACUGUCCUAAGGUCAUAAGUGUGGAGUUUGCACACAACAAUAACUGGUACAUUACAUUCCAAUCAGAUACGGAUGCUCAACAGGCGUACAAGUAUUUAAGGGAAGAAGUCAAAACAUUUCAGGGAAAGCCCAUCAUGGCUAGAAUAAAAGCCAUCAACACCUUCUUUGCAAAGAACGGCUACCGCAGCCUGGACUGCAGCGUGUACCAACAGCAGUCACACACACAGUCCCAGUACAGCUCACCACUCUUUAUGCAGCCGGUUUACAGCCCCCAGCAGCAGUAUCCACUAUACGGCAUCGUACCUCCCACCUGGACUCCAUCUCCAACUCCAUACUUUGAGACUCCUCUGGCACCUUUUCCCAAUAGUGGGUUUGUCAAUGGCUUUAACUCACCUGGACACUACAAAACUGGAUCUAACUCUCUCAUUGGACGCCCCUUCAACAGAAAUCGUGUUCCACUCUAUUCAAGAAAGAAUGUAAUAAAUGCCUUCAGGAACCAUGUGAAGCCUCAGACAAGGACUAAUGAAGGAUUGACCUCUACUGUCCCACCUGUGCCUCUGGUGGACGGACUCCGCAGUCCGCAGCCUCCUGCCACCACUGGCCCGGUGCUGGGGUCCACUGAGCUCAGCUCCUCUUUCCCUCACUUGGCCUCCACUGAGACCACAGACGACAGCACUGUGUCUGGACGAGGAAGGAGGACUACGUACAGAGGGACUCGGAGGAGGAGAGAGGAUGAACGUACCACGAGGCCUGUUCCACUCGCUGAAGUGAAAGUUCCGCCACCCAAGUUCGACCUGGCUGCCUCCAAUUUCCCUCCAUUACCUGGCUGCUCUGUAAGCCCACAGGGGGAACCUGUGUUGGAGAACCGCAUGUCUGACGUUGUACGGGGUCUAAACAGAGACAAGCAGACAGAUGCUAACAAAGAGUCUACUGUGAGCCCCGCUGGUCCAUCCUCGGAGGAGACUACUGUCCCCAGGCUUAUCCAGCCUGUCAGUAAACAGACUGUUCAUCCUGUGGAUCCUGCUGCCUGCAGCCCAAACCCUCAGGAGAAGAAACUGGAGAAAGCUGAGCCCUUGGUCCAUAAAGAGAUGCCUGUGAACCCAACCCCCACUGCCGCCAUUUCACCAACCCCCACGCAGCCUGCCCCCGCCCCCAAGGCUCAGCCGAGUCCAGCCAGUCCUGCAGCACCACAAGCCAAUGCUUCCCUCUCCAGCACCGCCGCCCCGGAACCUCGAAAGCUCAGCUACGCCGAGGUGUGUCAGCGACCACCCAAGGAUCCCCCUCCUCCUCCACCACCUCCCCCUCCAGCCACCAGUUCUGCCCCCGCCAGCGCCAGCUCUCAGCCGCUGAGAGAGCUGCGGGUUAACAAGGUGGAGGAGCAGUCCAGCAGGCCUGCUGACCGGCAGGAGCGGCCUCAGGAGCGAGGAGGGGACUGUAAGGCCAGGGAGGGCCGGCUGGCCCGCGACUCUCAAGGCUUCUAUCGCAGCAAUGGCCCACCCAGAUCCAGCACAGGGGGCUACAAACUCCGCGAGCAGCAGAGACGCCCACCUUUCGCCCGCCGCACUUCUCCCCAAGGAGGACCCAGACACACUGGCAAAGAGCAGAACAUCCCCCCUAUAUCGCCAAAGUAAAGACUAAACAGAAUCCUUACAAAUGUAUGAAUAUAUACACAUACAUCUAUAUAUAAAUAAAUAUAUAAAUAUAUAUAUAAAUAUAUAUAUAUAUUAAAGAGAUGAAAUAUAAGUUUAAAAUCAAAUGGUAGCCACCUCUCCUGCCUGGAGCACAUCCAGAGGGACAAAAACUAAACAAAAAAAGAAAAUCUUAUGACAUGACAAUGCACAGACUGGGACAUGCGGGCAUGAGAUCGUUGGAUGCGAGAAUAAGCUUGAUGAAGGAAGUCAUCAUAUAGGAAAAGGAUAUGUACGCUUCUAACUUGAUGGUGUCCCCUCAGAAUGUAAAUCAAUGCUACUUUUUUUUGGUUUUAUUUAGUUUUUUCUUUUCUUUAAUAUCUCUUUUUCAUUCUCUUCUCGAGAAGAGGGCCUUGUACCCUGUUGGGGAGAGGUGGGACCCAGGGCAAUGUACCGGCUCAGUGCUGUUGAGCUGAAACAAGCUAAAAACGAGCUAAGAAAUAUAUAUAUAUAUAUAUAUAUAUAUAUAUAUAUAUAUAUAUAUAUAUAUAUAUAUAUAUAUAUAUAUAUAUAUAUAUAUAUAAAGGUGGUCUGCAAAAAACAUAUGCACUAAAAAGAAAAAGGAACAUGCAUACUGUAUGACAUGUACCUAUACAAAGAUAUCACUUUGUUGACAUGCAAUGAUUCAUCUGAUCUUUUUGUUUUUUGCUUUUAUUUUAUUUUCUCCUUAGUUUGCAUUUGCAGGGCACUGGAAGUGCGAAGUAGUGUGGAGUGAUUGGGUGACUGAGGAAAAAUGUACAUGGACUUUGAGCUUUGGAGUGGACGGAUGUGGUGUUUUUUGCAGUAGUGUUAAUUUUUUAAAUCAAUUUUUGGGGGUUAGAUCCCAUCUAGAACAUGCAAAAGUGUGUUUGAGUGGAUUUUGGAGAAUUAGCUAGGAGCUACAGUGAGGUUUGGACCUGUUGGUCUGGAUUUUUCUCUUUUUUUUUUUUUUUUGCAUUUAUUUGCGUGACGUUAGCUGAUUACAGUAUGCUGCCGGAAUCAGAGAGCCGGUAUUUAGAAAUUGUAAAGCGCAGUAUAGAAAGCUUUGGAUUGUUGAGCCUCGGUAAUGAUUCAUAUACAUCGCUUAUAAGGUCAAAGCUUGCCAAUGAUGAUGCGGUGGUGUUGAAUGUCUGGUUUGCUGAAGGUUGUUUUUAGUUUCCUUUUCCUUUCCUUUUCUUUUUAAAGCUUGCUUGAGUAACCAAGAGCCUGUGAAGGAUCACGAUCACAGUCGGGUACUUUGUGUCAUCUCAUUUAUGUUCAGAAUUAUUAUUAUUUUAAUUUUUAAUUUUUUUUGUGCAUUAUCCUCCCAGAAUGGCUUCUGAGCAAGCCCAUAUUUCCUGAUAAUCAGGCAGGCACGUGGCUGUGUUUACAACAUUUAUGUUGGUUUGGGCUAACGCGAGACAGGCUAAGCCAAUGGCUGCUUUUUGGUUUUGUUUUGGGUGACGUUUUUUUUUUUUUUUUUUUCUCUCUCUCUUUUCUUAAAAUCAGGACAUUUCAAUAUUAAUAAUUAAUGACGAGUAGCUAUAUUGUGCUUAGUAGAUUUGUCAGUGUGAUGUAGGUCUGGAAAACCUGAAGCCUAUUUGAUUGAUUGACUAGUGAUGUCAAUAUCCUUUUAUAUAUCAUCGGAUGGUAAUUGGUUGAUGAUUCAUUAUGGGAAAAAAAAAAGUCUGGGCAGUUGGUUUUUAAUUAUGAUUAUUUUUUAUGUUUUUUUCACAUCCAUUAACAAUCCUGUUUAUUUUUUAUUUUAUUUAUUUAUUGUUUUUCCAUUUUUUAUUAAUUUCAUUUAAUUUCAUUUGUUUGCUUCUGACCUUGGUGUGAAUGACAGCAAGUACAGGACAGAACCUUGAAAGUAAAGAAUGAGCGUCUCUGGGGUUGCAGUGUGUACGAAACGUAAAAUAAAAAAAACAAACACGGGUGGUCUGGCAAAAUUCGUCGAGCCACGCCAGAAUCACCUGCUCAGAAUAUCUUGAGGUCUGAUUAUGCAUGAACAUGCUCCCCCCCCCCCCUUAAUCCCCAACUAAGAGACUUUUUUCAUAGGUUGUUUAAAAAAAAAAAAAGAAAAGUUAUUUAUGGAAUGUACUGGAUUUCCUUGCUGAAAGAAUGAGCGUCAGAAUGCAUUAAUUUUUAUUAAUUCCAACUAUAACAGGUUUCUGUGAGGCAGGGGGCAACAAAAAAAAUCACAUCUUCAAUGUCUUCAUGCUUAGUAUUCAUUGAGUGUCCUCCAAUUCUAAAAAAUCUUUUGAGCGCUUCUUUCUGAGCACUGAAAGUCUGAUAAAAGGAAAGAUCUGCUGCUUCCUUCUCUGUUCAGAUAGCUAGAGCAAUAUCUGAAAUUCCUUCGCAGGCGUUCCCGUGCGAGAUUCCCGAAGGCUCCAGCGGAAUAAUGUUGGGAAUGAAGAGUUUGGGAUGAUUAGAAGCUGCAUUGAACUCAGUCAGCCUGUGCGCUUGGUUGAUCUAGACUAGAUUUGCUCUCCGAAUCUGUGGAAUCUGCACUAAAGCACAUGAAUAUGAAGAGGGCUGCUUUUCUGUGUGUGUAAGCUCCGCCCCCUAACCUUUCUUGGACUGCACCUUCUGGGCGGCUCGCUUUCGGAAGCAGGGACUUUGUCGUCACCGCCGCCGCCAAAAGAAAAGUGUAGGUGAAGGAGAACUGGUGCUGUUGAUAAAAAAAAUACAAGAUAUACAAUGAAAUCAGAGGGAGAUGCAGUAUUGCUGUUUAAUUCAUUGUUUAAGUAUUGCUUUUAUGGAAUUAUAAUUAUUUUUUCUUUUUAAUUUAUUUUAAUCCUGCUGCCCUAUUCCCCUCCUCUUCAUCCCCCUGCCUCAUCCCAAUCCAUGUAGGCCGGGUUCCUGACAAUGUACAAAUAUAACAUGACAUUGGGAGAGAAUCACAGAUUUAACAUUUGUAUAUUUUUGAGGUUUCAGCAGAGAGAAAAUACUUGAUGCAUUUACUAGAGGCUUAGUAAUGCGGUAAAUAAAUAACGAAUCACUGGGGCUUUUAUUGUUUAUAUAUAUUUUUCUUUUGUUUUCAUUAAUGAAUUUGAGCAGCUAGUGGUUUAGUGUAAUGAAACAAAAAUGCACUAACUUGUUAAAAAAAAAUCUUACUGUUAUGUAAUGUGAAAUCAUAUUAGAAGCAUAAGAUAAUGAUAUUGAUGUUGACAGGCUUGCAGAAAUCUACGGGAAUAGCAUUCUCCUUAAUGCUUGGGGUAUUACUGUUAAUUGACUUUAGGGGUGGUGUGGCAAAGGGAGGAAUUCUUUAAUAAUGGAUUGAAAGUGUGGGAGACACUAAAUUCUAGCUGUCUGCAUAAAAAUGUCACAAAAAGAAAAUAAAUUAUUUUGUUUUGGCCUUAGAGUUUCGCUUCAUUUUUUUUUGUUGCAGUCAUCUUGAUUUACAUUUACUAACAGUUUGCCUUUUGACUGUUAAAUUUGCUUUUACAUGUUAGGAUUUGUAUGUUUUCAAAUGCAUUAAAACACCAGUGUGACUCA